AUGCGCGGCAUUCAGAUUAAGGAAUAUGUCAAGUCUCCCAAGGAGCUCCGCGUGACGGAUCUCCCAGACCCCGUCCCCAAGAAGGAUGACGAGUACCUCAUCCAAGUCCACGCCACGGCCGCCAACUUUUUUGACAUUCUCCAAAUCCAAGGGAAAUACCAGACUCAACCUCCCUUCCCCUGGACAUCGGGCUGCGAAUUCGCAGGCAUCGUCCUCAAAGCCCCCUCGUCAAACGCAAAAUACCCCGUCGGCGCCCGCGUCUUCGGCGCAACCCAAGGCGCCUUCGCCUCCCAGUGCGUCGCCCGCGAAAAGGAGCUCCUCCCCAUCCCAGACGGCUGGUCCUACACCGAGGCCGCCGGCCUCUUCAUCACCGCGCCCACCUCCUACGGCGCCCUCGUCGUUCGCGCCGGCGUGAAGCCCGGCGACAUCGUCCUCGUCCACGCCGCGGCCGGCGGCGUCGGCCUCGCCGCCGUGCAAGUCGCAAAGGCCUUCGGCGCCACCGUCAUCGCCACGGCCUCGACGCCGCGCAAGCUCGACGUCGCCAAAGCCUUCGGCGCGGACCACGUCGUCGACUACCGCGAGCCCGACUGGCCCGCCAAAGUGAAAGCGCUCACGCCCGGCGGGCGCGGCGUCGACAUCGUCUACGACCCCGUCGGCAUGGUCGACGCCAGCACCAAAUGCACGGCCUGGAACGGCCGCAUCCUCAUCAUUGGCUUCGCGGCCGGCAAGAUUGAAAAGGUGGCCAUGAACAAGGUGCUCCUCAAGAACAUCAGCCUCGUCGGCAUCUUUUGGGGCCAGUACGCCGUCAAGGAGAAGGAGACCGUCGUCGAGGUGUGGAAGGGCAUCAUGAAGCUCGUCGCCGAGGGGAAGCUACGCGGCACCGAGUUCACCGACGAGGAGUUUGUCGGGCUCGAGCGCAUCCCAGACGCGCUUAUUGCUCUGGGCAGCCGGGGGACCUGGGGUAAGGUCGUUGUCAAGAUCCCGCAGGACGGUCAGAGCAAGUUGUAG